GGUUUGCCCGGCUCGAAGUAUGGGAUGCUCGGAUUGGCCAGUAAAUGCCACCUCUGAGUCUUUAAGGCCACAGCGAAAUGGGCCGCCAGGUGCGGUCCUGCGGAAAUCGUGAUUUACCGAGAUAACCUUUUCUUUUCACAGAGACGAUGCUUAAGGUACAAGGAAAACCAUUUCCGGGCACAUCUGGAUUGUAAUUCAAGCUUGAGUUCCCGACGACAGUCAAGGGGCAAACAUGCUGAACUCCGCAAGUGAACUGGAGUUUUCGAACGAAAACAAUACGGAGGACAUCUCCCAAUUCGCUUCCCUGGCACUGUCAGGUGACGAAGCAUCCAGCGAGAAAAGCUCGACUGGUGCACCCGAGAAAACUGGCUAUCCGGACUCCGUUUACGUUAUGGCAGCGAACGUUUUUCAGGGUAUUCGAAUCGAAAAGUCACCAGAGAAGGUCUUAAUAAAGUAUGGGAAUGAGCCCCUGCGGUCCUUGUCCGAGUCGAAAGAUGAAUCCUUUCAGCGUUUGUCCUAUGAGCUGGCUUUCAGUGCCCUGAAGUAUCAAGAUAUUUUGGAAACUAUAUUAAUAGACAGCUUUAUCUUUCCAAGUACCACAAUACCAGAUCAUUUGAGCAGCCUUAUUAUUGUGAUGCUGUAUGAUUUCCAAGAUAGAAAAUUUCAAGCUCGUUUCCUUUCUGAUAAUGAAGAGUCCAUAGCAGAAGUUCAAGAAGUAGAGAACCUUCUUAUCAGUUUUAAGACAAAAUUGGCUGCAGCAUUGGCAAGAUGUCGAAUCAAACAUGAUGCCCUUUCAAUUUACCACAUUCUUCCAGAAACAGUUAGGAACCAGGAACUAAGGGCCUCCACUUUGCCACUUUAUGCUUGGAUAAAUACUUGUAAAAUCAGCCCUGAAGAAGUUUAUCAUAGUUUGAAGAAAAAAGGCUAUCAUAAAGUCCAAUCUGUAUUGCAUAUUAAUGAUAAAGUCUUUGCUGUGGACCAACAUUGCUAUGAUGUCUUAAUUUUCCCAUCUCAUCUUAAAAGUGAUCUUCUAAAUACAGAUCUUUUCAAAGAUUAUAAACUUAUAUUUCAGGACAAAUCUCGAAGUCUUGCUGUCCAUUCUGUAAAGGCUUUAUUAAAUAUGGAUGAUGAUAUCUUAAUGGUCAAUACAGGUUCGUGGUACACAGUUGCCCACAUGUCAAUCUUAACAAAUAAUAAUACCUCAAAAAUAUUUGUGUGUGGAGUACAAUCACAAGCUAAGGAUCCUGACCUGAAAAACAUUUUCACAAAAAUGGGAUGUAAAAAUAUUGAAAUACUUCAUGAGACAUUUAUUAACAUUGAAUCAAAAGAUCAUAGAUUACAGAAAGUUAAAGUGAUUCUGCUGCUACCUCGUUGUUCAGGACUGGGUGUUAGUAAUCCAGUAGAAUUUAUUUUAAGUGAGCAUGAAGAUGCAGGUUUACUUAAAGAUUUCUCUCAAGGAGGCACAUCAGAAGAUAAACUUCAUAUUCUUGCUCAACAGCAAUAUGAACAGCUAACACAUGCAAUGAAAUUUACUAAAGCUCAAGCAGUAGUUUACUGCACAUGCUCCGUCUAUCCAGAAGAAAAUGAAGCUGUUGUUAAGAAAGCACUGGAAUUUCAAGGCCAUGGGAUUAAAGUACAACCUUAUAGGCUCAGUCCUCCUGUCCUUCCGCUGUGCUCCUUGAAGGAAAUACACUUGUCUACUGAUAAAUUUUUCAGAGUGGAACCAUCUGAAAUCACCAAUGGUUGUUUUCUUUCUGUUCUAACAAGGGAGCGGGACCCAUCCGAGACAGUGUCUGUGAAAGAUGUUUUGGCCCGCGCUGCAGCAAAGGGUCUACUGGAGGGGAUUGAGUUGGGUAAAUCUUCAAAACGGGAGAAGAAGAAGAAAAGAUCAAAAAUAUCAUUCCCAAAAGCUUCUACUACUGACAGUAAUGGCAUCCAAAUAAAAAUUGCUGAGUUCCUGAAUCGAGAAACUAAUGCAAAUGCUAAUCAGUCAGAGACAUUAACAAAAAGAUCUCUUCCACAGAAAAAUACAACUCAAGUGGGUUCUUCCUCACAGGUCAGAAAACCCAACAAGCCUGCCACCAAUCCUUUAGUGCCUACAUUUAUGAAGAACACAUCUUCCUCCAGACCAUAUGAACGGCCAACAAACUUCAUAAGACCUCGACCAGAAGACAAAAUGGUUGUACUGAAACCCGUAGAGAUUGUUUUGCCUCCAGUAAUGUUGCCAUUUUCAAGUCCUCAAGGGAUCAGAUCUCAGAUGCCAACUCAACAUUUUUACUGUCGUUGGGUUGGACCCAAGACUGUUGUGCCCGGCUACCUUUCCACACCAUCGAUACCCAGAAGAGGGGAAAAGCCUAAAGAAAACUUACCUUCUUCCCUACUCAGGCGUCCUCGACCAUGGCUUUGACUGUCUUGUGUUUUUUACAGGAGUCAAAAGCAGUUGAUUUUUUUUUCAAAGUCUGAUAUUUCUCUGAAGGUUAGACAUACCUACACAAGAUAUUCAUCCUUUCAGUCACUCAGCAUCUUCUAAAUGUGAUACUACCUUCAAGAGGAUUAAGACAGAUGAGAAUAAUGUAGGCAAUUAAGCAAAGCGGAAUUCAGUGAUUUCAACAGCUCAGUGCUGAUCUGUUCUAGAAUGUCCAGUUGCGGACUCAGUAUCAGCUGUUAGCACUUGUCUCACUCUUGUUAACUUUGAGUCUACACUUAGGACACCAGUUUUAAAUGAAAGCUGCAACAAUUUUUCCUGAGGGGAAACAGUGACACCUUAUAACAGACUUCUUUUCAAACUUAAUUUGUGAGGCAGUUUAUUAGAAAGCAUAGAUAUGGAAGAUGCUGGUCUUCUCUCACUGACUUUAGAUUGCUCUUCAGUGUCUAGUCAGUUGUAGUUUAACAUUUCAGUCACUAUCGAGGUUGGUUUUUUCCUUAAAUAUCGAAAUAUUCUUUAAACAUACAUCAGUUUUUGUAAUGUGAUUGAGGUUGAGUAUGAGUUGGAGGAACAGGAAGUUUCAAAGUUCCAGGUGCGGGUAGUUCGGAUGUCCGUUCACAGAAUGAAAACUGUUUCUCAUUGGAAGAGCUUCCAGGACCCUGAGCAGAUUGAAGAUAAUCAGCUCUCUUCUAUUUAUGACAAAUACUGUUGUAAAAAAGUGACUGUAAGCAAAUUUCCAUCUAAAUAGUAAUAAUUCUGAGGAAGAGGCAAAACUGUUGAAUACAAAUGAUUCCUAUUGAAGAAACCUAUAAAAAUUUCUGCUUCUACUCAAAGAUCAGGUGAAAUAGUAAAAUCUACAAGUCAUUUCAAAUGGCACACAGUAAUCAAACUUUGGCAAAUUAUUUCUGAUGCACAAUUAAAAUGUAUUGUAACACUA